GAUCGCACCGCCAGGCCCGACCAGCCAUGGUGAACCUGGGCCUGUCCCGGGUGGACGACGCCGUAGCCGCCAAGCACCCGGGACUGGGCGAGUACGCCGCCUGCCAGUCGAACGCCUUCGUGAAGGGCGUUUUCACCUUUGUCACAGGCACUGGUGCGACCUUGGGCCUGCAGAUGUUCCUGCAGAGGAAGUUUAAGUACCCCUUUCAGUGGAACGUCCUGGGGGCCGUGGUCGCAGGCUCCGUGGCCAGCUACUGGGUGACCCGAGUGGAGACGCGGAAGUGCAGCGACCUCUGGCUCUUCCUGGAGACGGGGAAGCUGCCCACAGACGCGGGCCCAGAUCAGCGCUCCUAGAAGACCUUCCCCACAGCAUCCAGCGAAGGCCUGGAGAGUUCUAGAACACAGCCCUCAACCGCUCCACCCCCUGGGCCGGCCCUCCCCCCGACAGUGCCUCCUCGCACCCUGAGGUGCACAGGCCUCUCCUGCCCAGGGGGUCGCGCCCGCCGGGGCCACUGCUGGGUUGGCCUCCUGCGGGGCAGCGAGCGGCCCGGUGGACCCGAAGCCAGAGGGCCGUGGUACAGCGGCGUGAGGGGAGGGCGGCUGCCCCCCCUGGUGCACUGAGGCUCCCUGUCUGGCCCUGCGUCCCCCACGGUCAGCGGCGACAGGUGCUGCUGGGCCUGCGGCACUAAUAAACGCCUUGAUCUUUUUGCCACCUGAGUUCUGGAAAGCAAGCGAUCGGAAAGCAAGUCAAAGCAGGAAGCAGCCGAGAGACAAGUGUCGCCUUCAUGCCACGUGGCUGCUACUCAGGCUGUGCCAGGCAGCCCCUAACACUGAGCCCUGGGAUUAGACCCUCCUGCUGGCCCUGGGGUCUGUUUCUGUGCAACUGGCUCAGAGGAGUGGACCCUGUGUGUACAGCCCGUUGCACCUGGCUCCUGAGAGACAAAGGACAGAUGGUGGCUGUGCCCAAACACCUGCCAGAGGAAGUCUCUUCUCUUCAGGGGCGGAGGGAGGUCGGAGCUCGCUAACCGGAGCUCAGUCCUCAUGGGAGGAAAGCUCGCAAGUGGGCAAGCCCACCCCCCUCAACCACCCCAACGGGCAGAGGUGCAGAUUAUAUAAACUCUGGGCAAGUCCACUGGCCUUUGCAGCUGGCCUCCCAUUCCCACCGAAGGCACACAGCACAGGGCCACGCCGCCCGCGCCAGCUCAGCCCCCAGGCCCUUGGCCAGCCGGUCGUUCAGAAGAACGUCUGCCGAGCACCUGCUAGGCCCUAGGACCCUGUGGGUGGGAAGGCAGCGGCAGGAGGCCCAAGAUAACUGUGCCGUAAGCAAUGUAGAGCCUCUUUCAUGUAAAGGUCGAAUCGGGCAGCCUGAGGCUGACAGUCAGGGGCCCGGACUCCUUUUAGUCAAUUGCCUGUUGCAAUGGCAUCUACUCCAAAUCUACCUCAUGGUCCCAGACAGCUGCACCACCUCCAGCCAUUGUGUCUUCAUCCCAGCCACCAGAGAGGAGGAGGCGGAGGGCAGUUCACUCACCACUGUGCUUACACUGCAUUGGUACACUGUGCAGAGGCACCCGGCAAGGCUGCCUUGCGCUGAGCAGCCCUGUGCCCCGACUAAAAUUCAGGGGCUAGCCCUGGCUGGUGUGGCCCAAGGGACUGAGCACCGGCCUGCAAACCACAGGGUCUCUGGUUGGAUUCUCAGUCAGGGCACUGGCCUGGGUUGCGGGCCAGGUCUCCAGCAGGGGGCGUGUGAGAGGCAGCCACAUUGACGUUUCCCUCCCGCCC